AUUUUCAUCACUUGACUUUUUUUCACGCUCCGAACAGCCGCUGAAGCCUCUGGACCGAACUGAGCCGAACUGAGCCGAAUUGAGCCGAACAGCCGUGGGGCCCCAGGCGGGGUCUCUCCUCUGUGGGCUCAACAGAACCAGAACCAGGACCGGGGACCAGACGAGGACCUGAAUCAGAAUAAAAACCAGGCCAGGACCAGAACCAGAUCGAUUCUCCUCUCCUGUCCUGUCCUGUCCUAGGUCUAUUUCCUUCUCUGCAGUCGCUCUGCUCGCUCCUGGGUCUCUCCACUCCGGGUUCACCAGCACCAGGACCAGGCCCAGUUCAGACCAGGCACCAGAACCAGCCCGGCUCUCUCCUCCUCUGCUCCUCUGCUCCUCUCUCCUCGUGUGGGUCCACUCCUGGUUUUCCCGUCUCCUCCCUCGUCUCCUCCCUGGACUCACCAUGCCGUACGUGGACCGCCUGAACCGGAUCUGUGGGUUCCUGGACAUCGAGGAGCAGGAACACAGCGGACGUUUCUACAGACGAUACUUUGUCCUCGACCCGGGGCAGGGAAAACUGCUCUGGUACAUGGAUAACCCACAGAAUCUUCCCAAAGGAGCGGAGCCCGUGGGAGCCCUGAACCUGUCCUACAUCUCUAUGGUGAGCGAUGCCACCAAACUGCGUCCAAAGGCUGAGUUCUGUUUCGUCAUAAACGCUGGAAUGAGGAAGUUCUACCUCCAGGCCAACGACCAGCAGGACCUGGUGGAGUGGAUCUCUGUGCUGAACAACGCCACAAAAAUCACUGUGCCGAAGUCGGGGGACGGUCCGGCGCCCCCUGGAGGAGCUGAACUGUUGGGAGCAGCUAAACAAGUGUCAACAAAAACAGAAAUAAUCGGAGGAGUCCCCAUCAUCACUGCCACACAGGAGCAGAGCGAGGGACAUAACGGUGGCGAUAAGAGGAAGCCCCAGUCACAGCUGCCGUACUUUUUGUCGAGAGGAGCCCAGGAGCAGAUCGUGAAGUCUGGGUUCUGCGUCAAACAGGGAGCUGUGAUGAAGACGUGGAAGAGGCGCUACUUCCUGCUCGAUGAAAACGCUCUGAGUUACUUCAAAUCUGACCUGGACCGGGAGCCGUUGAGGAUGAUUCCGUUAAAAGAGAUUCACAAAGUUCAGGAGUGUAAACAGAGUGAACCAAUGAUGAGAGACAAUCUGUUUGAGUUAGUCACCAGCUACAGGACUUUCUACGUACAGGCUGACAGUCCAGAGGACAUGCACAGUUGGAUUAAGGCCAUCUCUGGAGCGAUCGUGGCUCAGCGAGGACCAGGACGAUCUUCUAGUUCUAUCCGACAGACCCGACGUCUGUCCACUCCGUGUUUGGAGAGGUACACUCCUUUCUGCAGCCUCCUCUCCACGACUCUGACUCCUCCUCCACGUUCUACCUUCAACUCCAACCCCCAGAAUCCCACGCUCCUGACCCCGCCCACUCCGGACCCGGGACACUUCCUGGGGCUGUUACCGAGGAGACCGCGCUGCCGUCUGUCGCUCCCAGACACCAUCCCCUCGGCGACGAGCGAGUGACGGAGCAGUCGCCGUGGAAACGACGCAGCCGCGAAGAGAUGGAGCUGCCUCCGGGCGACCUGCAGGUGACGCUCAUCUGAGGUGCCGCGGGAGGGCAUCCGGGUUAAAGCAUUCGGGGAGGGCCUGUGAGAGGGCGUCCGGGUUACACGUUCUGCUGUUCACCUGACGGAGGGCAUCUGGGGCACGUGAGGUCGUCCUGGUGUUUGUAAAGUACUGACUCUUUUCCGACAAAGAUGGAGAACAGUGGUGUAGUCUGAGCAUGGAUUUACCUUAAUUAAACUUUAGUCUUAGCAGCAAAAUCAUUUCACUUUCCCUUUUUUUUUUUUUUGCAAUAUUUUCAAUAGAUUUCUUUUGGGAAUCACAAAAUCGACAAACAAAUGGGAUUUAUUUUGCUCCAGUAUUUUCUGAAGACGAGUCCGUUCACCGAUAAAUCUCCCCGAGUUCAGACGGGGGCAUGGAGGAUUGACAGGCGGUUCAGCCAGUCAGCAGCAGGCGUGGUCCAUCCGUAUCAAAACAAACAUGGCCGCUCACGAGGAAAAAAGACAAAAAUAUCGCUGAAAAAACGUGGACUUCUGCAGAACUCCGUUAAUCUGAGGUGAGAGAAAUGUCAUUUUUUUGUAAAUGAUUCGUGGCCAAUGAGAGCCUUCGUUUCAUGUGCGUCGCUGAAAUAAACAAAUCUGAUUGGACGGUUGCGUUUGGUUGCGAUAUUAGUCUGGAUUUAACUGGCAAACGUUAAUCCCAGACCAGACUACACCACUGGACGACAUUUUGAACUCCUGAAAACUCCAAUCACCAGUUUUUAUACAUUUGAGGAGAACUUGUUAUACCUAGAUUUUAAUUUUUUAUUUUUUUUUGUCAAUUUUACUCUACUUAAAGGUCCUUUGUUACGCAUAAUUGACUCGUGUGAGCUUUUAGUUACAGGUUUAAUGCUGUUACCUCAUCAAAAACACACCUGUUGUGUUUUGUUUGAGUAAUCCUUUUAUUAUUCGUCUGUCCACAUCUCCAAAGUGCUCCGUUGCACCUUGUGAUGUCAUGAAGUGAUAGUUUUCAAGCCACGUUGUUAAAUCUGUGAUGAGGAAACAACGUUAUAACUUAGAUCUGAAAAUGGCGUAAUACUGGCCCUUUAAAAAUACAUCAAAUUGACUUUUUCAAACUGGUCUCCACUGUGAUGCAAACUAUUUAACCAUUUAACUUCUCUGUUUUUGUGUGUUAGUGUUUGUGCGUUUUGCGUAAACAGGGUUGGGACUGAACUUUUCUAAAUGUGUGUAUAGUUUUUAAGAACAUUUGAUUUCAUGAACUUUAAAAUGGUAAAGUUUUUCAAUCGUUUCACAAUAUUAAGUCCUGGUUUAGACCUGGUUUAGACCUGGUUUAGACCUGGUUUAGACCUGGUUUAGACCUGGUUUAGACCUGGUUUAGACCUGGUUUAGACCUGGUUUAGACCUGGUUUAGACCUGGUUUAGACCUGGUUUAGUCUUGUUUAGUCUUGGUUUAGUCCUGGUUUAGUCCUGGUUUAGACCCAGGUUCAGUCGUCGUUUCGGUCCUGCUUUAAACUGGUUUAGUCCUGGUUUUAUCCUUGCUUAGUCCUAGUUUAGUCUUGGUUGAGUCCUGGUUUAGAUCGGGUUUAGACCCAGGUUCAGUCCUGCAUUAGACCUGGUUUAGUCCUGGUUUAGUCCUAGUUUAGACCUGGUUUAGACUCAGGUUCAGUCCCUCUUUAAUUCUGGUUUAGAUCUGAUUUAGUUCUGGUUUAGUCCUGGUUUAAUCCUGUUUUAGUCCUGGUCUAGUCCUGGUUUAGUCUUGGUUUAGUCCUGGUUUAGUCCUAGUUUAGACUUGGUUUAGUUCUGGUUUAGUCCAGGUUUAGAUCGGGUUUAAUCCUGGUUAAAUCUGGGAUUUUGACUUGGUUCCAUCUCUGAUUUAGACACUACUUAAGACCUGGUUUAGUCCUGGUUUAGACCUUUAGUCCCUCAUUUACUCUCUAGUUUAGUCCUGGUUUAGUCCUGGUUUAGUCCUGGUUUAGUCCUGGUUUAGACCUUGUAUAGUGUCUGUUGUUUUUAUUCUCUUCACAAAAUCACCUAAACUUUCUUGACGCUGUAAUGUCCAUGUUCAUCCACCAGAGGACGCCAAACCCACACUGUCUGAUAUUAAACCUGAGCACCGCACAUGAAGUCAAGUGAGAAAUCAUUUUUAACCAAAGAAAAACUGUUAAAGAGGGGGUAUUGUGCAGAAAGGAUUUAUUUUAGGUUUUUACCACGUUAUAAGUCUUUUCCCUCAUCAAAAACAGCCUGGAGAGGUUUAGACGUCAUCCACACACAUCCAGGCCCCAUUCAAACCAUCUUUACAUUCAGCAGUACGAGUUUGUACAAGGCUCCGCCCACAACCCUACAUCCCUCACGCUCAUACCCCACAGAAGUAAAAUACCCCCUCUUUAAACUCCUCACUGUUUGCACCGUGCUGUGGCAGAACGAGAUAAUCAUGUAAAUGUUUAAAGUGGAUUUUAUGUCUUGGUUGUGGGUUUAUUUUUAUUUUAUUUUCAUUUUGGUGUUAAUAUUUCCAUUUGACGCUGGUUGGUUGGUUUGUUUGUUUGUUUGUAAACCUCGUGUCACAUAGAAAGUGCCUGUCCAGAUGUUUAACACGUUUUGAUGG